GCUUCGAGCCAAAUAAUCAGAAUCGUUACCGAGACACCGUAGAAUAAUCACAUUUGGAUGCAAUUUUUGGCUCCAAUUAAAAAAAGCACGAAUGUUGAAAUAAAAACCACAGGAAUGAGUACACACUGGGACAUACUCCCAAUCAUAUUUAGGCUUCAUCCUCGUAUUGGAGUAUGGGAAGCAUCUAAAAUUAGGAAAUAACCAACAGACGAAGAGAAUGAAUACUAAUAUAAUGAUCAACUAUGAACAGGGGGAGUAUUUGUUUUUAUGUUUUCACAACUGACCCAAUGGUUAUACAACUUCCAAUCUUUUAGGUUUGAUCGAUGAUCCGGUUCGGUUUUUUCGACUAUGGAUAGGACACACCCUGACAGGGAUGCCGAGAGGCCCAUUCUGGCUCGGCAACUCUUCAUUAUAAUGGACGAAUUGUUCUGCCCUAUUGUAUUCCCCAGAGUGCAGCUAUACUAUGUGAAAAUAAAUUCUCAUCAUGUUGUUUCUUGGCUGAGGUCAACUACACUGCUAUUUUUUCAAUAAAAUAUGUAUACCACAUCGUUUCAAGAUAAUAUAUAUAUAUAGAUAUAUACACCCUCGUGAAAUAUGUUUAAGAUAGUUCCCGGUGAUAAUGCACACAAGCAAAUGGGGAAAAAAAAUCAGAGCUGCAAAUGAACCAAAUGAAUAAUGAAUUUGACGAACUGUUACACCAUAUAACGGCCCAUUUUCUUUUUUUUAGAGCAUCUCCAGCAGGGACUUCAAAUCCAGCCCCUAUUCAAUUUUUGAGAGUUAAGAUAAAAAAACUAGAUCCAGCAGGGGCCCUACUACAGCCCCCAAAGUGAGGAGGCCCUCAAAUCCUCCCCCAAGGCCCCAGUCCUGGGGACUCCGGAGCACGCCCCCAUCGUCAUUUUUUUUUGGCGCGGAUAUAAUUUUGCUUCGUGCAUUUUCUUGUUAUUCCCGCACGGCUGCGACGACGGAUCUUCUCCGGCGAGCACCGACGAAUUCCCAGCACCUCCAUCAAGACUGCCCUAGAAAGGUAAGACUUUUCCAUACCUUUCUUGCCCGCCGUUCUCGAGGCCUUCGGCGGCAGUCCAUGCACAUGCCCGGCCGCCGAUCUCCCGCCAUCUGCCUGGCCACACGCCGGCCGUCGCGUGCCCUCCGAGGCUGCCCGCACACACGUCGCCCACCUGCACGCCGCCUGCCCCCACGCUGGCCUCCUGCCCCCAUUGAUUUUUCUGGAGAAACUCUAAGUAGGUCAUGUGGUGCGGGGGUUCAGUGGUAGAGUACUAAUCAAUUUUCUGAAUAACUCUGUUCUUGACACCUGUGGACAUGUGGUGGUAGAUGGUUCUGGUGGAGACUGACUUGUUUUUAAUAUUUUUUUGGAGAAUUGUAGUGGACUUUGUCGGCAAGAAAAAUCUAAAUUCUCAGCUAGUAAUGGUUGUGUUUAGUUCACACUAAAAUUAGAAGUUUAGUUGAAAUUGAAACGAUGUGAUGAAAAAAUUAGAAGUUUAUAUGUGUAAGAAAGUUUUGAUGUGAUAGAAAAGUUGGAAGUUUGAAGAAAAACUGGAUCUAAACACGGUGAAUAUAUCACUGUAUUUAUACUUAGUAGCACUGUACAAUUGUUGCAAUGGAUCGAUUAGAACCAUAUAUAUAUAUACAGGAGUAAGUGGUACUGUACUAGUACGAUUCCACUGCUUUUCAUAGAUUGAAUGUUGCAUACUGUAUAUGGGGUAUACUCUGUACCGUGUAUGUGUAGUUGGAUGUGUGCAUAUGCUCUAAAUUUUCUUAUUAAUUUUAUGAUUUUGUGAUGGCAGUGUUUUUUAUAUGGACUUCUACGACGACGAUGACGACGACGAUGAUCUCAUUACCGAUUGGUGGGAUCAGGAGGAGUUGUCUGACGAUGAUGACUACUACAUUGCAGCUGCUCUUCUUACAGACAUAGAGCAUAAGAGGACCAAAAGAAAGCAUCAUGGUUCAGUCCCAGGUCGUGAGAUAAUUCAUAGGGACAGGUUUGCUGGCAAUUUACGCAUAGUGGCUGAUUAUUUUGCAGAUCCUCCUAUAUAUAGUGCAAAAUUAUUUAGGAGGAGGUUCAGAAUGUCAAGGGAGCUCUUCUUGCGCAUCGUGGCUAGUGUGGAGGCUCAUGAUGACUACUUCAGGCAGAGACCAAAUGCAGUGGGUCUUCUCGGUGCCACUGCAUUGCAGAAGGUGUAUGGUGCAAUUCGCAUGCUUGCAUAUGAUAUUCCAGCCGAUAGUCUUGAUGAAGUCGUGAGGAUUUCAGAGAGCACCAUGAUAGAAGCUUUCAAGCACUUUGUCAAGGCUGUGGUGGAUGUGUUUGCUGAUCAAUACUUGAGGGCACCAACUGCUGAGGACACUGCAAGGUUGAUGGCUAUAAACACUCCAAGGGGGUUCCCAGGGAUGCUAGGUUGUAUUGACUGUAUGCAUUGGAGGUGGAAGAAUUGCCCAACAGGCUGGAAAGGACAAUAUUCAGGGCAUGUGGAUGGGCCAACCAUGAUUCUUGAAGCUGUUGCAUCUAAAGAUUUGUGGAUUUGGCAUUCCUUCUUUGGACUACCAGGUUCUCUUAAUGAUAUCAAUGUACUACAGAGAUCGCCACUCUUUCAAAGGCUUACAUCAGGGACAGCUCCAGAGUUGGAGUUUAUGGUGAAUGGAAAUAAAUACACCAUGGGUUACUAUCUUGCUGAUGGCAUAUACCUUUCUUGGGCCACUUUUGUGAAGACCAUUUCUAAUUCACAAGGUAACAAGAGAAUACAUUAUGCAAAAGUUCAAGAAGGAGUGAGAAAGGAUGUUGAAAGAGCAUUUGGUGUUCUACAAGCCCGCUUUGCAAUGGUGAGGGGUCCUGCUAGAUUUUGGGAUACAGAGACCCUAUGGUACAUAAUGACAGCUUGUGUAAUCAUGCACAACAUGAUCAUUGACAAUGAGCGAGAUGAAAAUGUAGAUUUUGACUAUGAUCAGGAGGACAGUGAGGUGUUGAGGAAGGAGGAAUACCAACGACGUAAUAAACCUGUGUUAGAGAAAUUUCUAAAGAUACAUAAAGAAAUUGAAGACCGACGGGUACAUGAGCAACUUCGAGAUGAUCUUAUGGAACAUUUGUGGGCGCUUCAUGGUGCUCGGUAGUUUGUUUCAUUGCAUUUUCUAUCAUGUGUGGGUUAUGUUCAAUAUUUGCUUCUAGGAUAUAUCAUUUUCAUGUUUGAAAAUUUUGAAUUCAAUUUUGAAUCGUGGUGUUUGAAAUUGCAAAUUUGAAUA